AUGUCGCACAACCCAUUGGGGGAGCCUCCACCUGGGACGGAUCUAUCCGCCAAUCACGGCUCACUGAACAUUGAUCCUGUGAUCGCAACCUAUGCACUUGCAGUGACAGCUGUCGGACUUCGGUUCUAUACAAGAGUUCGAGUGCAAGCUGUGCGAAUAGCUGCCGAUGAUUGGAUGAUCGUGGCUGCCUUGCUGGCUGUCACCGCAGGUUUCGCUUUGGUUGUGAUUGUACGUGGAUAUCCUAGUCUUGGGAAGCAUGUAUGGAGCGUCCCUCACGCCGAAGUCGAGGAAGUGAUGCGCAUUCUCUUCGCCUUCGUCCUGUUCUACGUGCUUACCGCUCCACUCAUGAAAUUAUCUAUUCUUCUCUUCUACCGCCGUAUCUUCGGCAUGACAUAUCCAAUCUGGCUCUUUUCGUACUACUGGACACGGUUUACAGAACCCAGUGGAGGAAAGUGUGUCUACAACCUCUACCCAUUCUAUAUCAGCCAUGCUGCGAUAAAUGUGGCCACAGAUUUGAUCGUCCUAACCGAAGAUCUCACCUGGAUUGUCGGCGAGGUCUUCAUCUGGUCCAGCAUUGAGCCCUGCAUCGGCAUCUUAUGCGCCUGCCUUCCAACAUUGCAUCCACUGUUCCGCUCCAUUGUGUCUCGCAUGUUUGGCAGUAGGAUGGGGAGACCAAGGCCACUUGACUGGGACGAGACCUUGUUGACUACACAUAACAUACAAGUCGAGAUGAGCGGAAUCAGGAGGGAUCAUGCCGAUGAUGGGCAGAUUACGGUGGACAUGGACUUUCGAAUAGUCGAAGAGAGCAAUCAACUGAACGAUGUCUUGAGCCGACAUGCCAAGGGCCAUAAUCAACCCAAUGCGACAGUCGGUCCAUCGGAAGCGCCAAAUCGACAGUCAUCAGUAAUUGCGGGUGCAUCAUCAAUGGUCCCCGGAUCAGGAAAUAGUUUUACCAGCGCAGAAGCACAGAUUCCACCUCUAUCUACCACUUCGCGAGAUGCGCCUCUCGCAUCAAGCGGGUUCCCAUCGUCACUAGAUUACCUAGCCGACAUCUCAGCCCACCAUGGCCGCGCCGAGCCAGACCUCGGCGCGAUAAUGAUCGACGACCAACAGCAGUACUUUGGAUGGAAUGCAGUCACACCGGCAGAUCAGGUAUUGCACCGAGCUGGCUUGGCCUUCGACCCUGGCCCAAAAGACAUGCUGCAAAUGUGGCUUGAACCUCGCACAGAUUCAGUUUCAAAUGACUCGCUAGAUCUGAUGCGCGAUAGUCAUUUCCCUCUGAUGGGUGACAAUUUGAUGAUUACUCCAGACCAGCAAAAUCGACAUUCAGUCGACAGCAGCGAUAACAUUCCCAAUGAACGCUUUGCUAGAGUCCAGCAGUGCUGGCUAGCGCCACCGACCACUGGGCGUCUCAUCAACAGUUUAUGGAGGGAUAUCGCCAUGUCGCCUGUUGAUAAUAUCUUCUCCGUUCAGUCAUCACAUCUUCCCAACGAGCCAAGUGUCGUUCAAGGAUCGCGGUGUGGAUUCGACGAGGAUUGCAGACGGCGCCUGCAGGCAGCUUUUGGAACUAGGAAUGUUUCUGCACAUAUGCAAUCAUCCAUAAAUAGGAAUAUUCCUCCACCCACGCCUACAUCGACGUUGAAUCAUUCUGAUUUCCCUCCUGCUGAGAUCUUGGAUAUGGCAUUAGACAUGUUUUUCCGCGUCUUUAAUCCCCUCUUGCCGUGUGUCCAUCUGCCGACCUUUUCGGCAAAGAAGGCACGACCAUCUCUCCUAUAUGUUAUGGCGCUGGUUGGAAUGACAUUGCUUGGCACUAAAGGAACGACUGCGUUUGUAUCCAGAAAUUUCUCAGGCGCUUUGGACAAGGUAACAGCUGAAUUUGCUCGAUGCUCAAUUGGACUUGAGAGCGCUUCCGGCACUAUGACAUUAUUCGCGACAGUUUUGCUUUUAUUGAACCUGGCUGGUUUGACCGGGGAGAAGGCACAUCUGGAACAGUGUCAACCUCUUUAUAUCAACGUCAUGUCUGUCGCCCAAAGACAUGGGUUAUUUUCAGCCACUGAGGGGCAAAGCCUUGACAUGACUUUGUUCGAAACAAUUCCCGAUAUUGACCUGAGAUGGGAAGCCUGGAGCAAGGUCGAAUCAACCAAAAGAAUAAUCAUCGGACUACUGCUUCUGGACUCUUGGUACUCCUCGUUCCUCUCAACAGGUCCAAUCGCAGUCCCAGACUCGAUCCAACUCAUCCUCCCUUGCAGCGACUCUCUCUUCUGCGCCCACUCCUCCACCCAAUGGACACACCUAAUCCGCGGCGGCAAGCGCAUCCUCUCAUCAACAGUCCUCGCCCCAUCCGAAAACAUCCACGUCCCCGCCCUAGAAUCCCCCGCAGAUGACUUCUGUAUCCAAACAAUACUAGCAACGGUUCAACUCCGCCAGUUAGAAUCCUACCACCGCCUCCUCUCCAAUAGAGCCAGCUACCCCUUUGCUCCAUGCCACACCUACGCCAUGGACGGCCGAGCCAGAUGCCUCCCCUCCCUUCAAUCCCAGCUCAUCACAAACUACGGCGAAACCCUCGACCGCCUAAAUCCCAACGCUCUCAUUACGUGGCACAACAUGUGCAUGACUCUCACGGCCGAUAUUCAAAUAUUCGACCUCGCAGCUGGCCGUGCAGGCCCGGCUCCCGCGCGCAAGGCCCUCGACGAUAUCCGCGAGUGGUCGCAGACACCUGCAGCCAGACGCGCGUGUCUGCACGCUGCGCAUAUCUACAAAGUCAUGACAAAUCGCAAAGCUUCUGACCACCCCACAUUCCAAUCUGUGUUUUCUCUCUUCUCGGCCGGAUUAGUGCUCGGUCUGUAUACGUUCAUGGUGUCGGACUCUGCGAAUUCGCCGCCUAAUGUUGGGUCUGUGGAGCUGGUGGAUGAUGUCGACUGGAGAUCGGUGGGGACGGAGGGGUUCACGAGUUUCAUGGAGCCUAGGGGAAGUCAGACUCUCGCACCGACUGAGGAUCCUGCUGUUAACUUCAUUCGCAAUGGGGCUACUAUCUACUUGCGAGGCCAGCCGUUCCACGGUGGGUAUCAGUCUGCGCGUCGAAUCCUGCUUGACUAUGCCUCCCUUCUCAAGGACUCUGGGAAGUGGAAUGUCAAGAAGUUCUCGUAUAUUUUAUACAUAAUGAGUGAUGUUCUUAUGGAUGUCGAGUGA